UUUGCAUAUGUAUAAGCUUUUUUUACUACAUUCCAUUUUGACGCGAUGUGAGGCCCGAUCGCGAGAAAAGGUCACUCGUUUCCGCACGAAAGUGUCGCGCGAUUUCGCCGUGCGUCGCGACCAGUGACGGUUCAAUUCGACGAUCAGCCGAUAUCGGCUGGUAUUUAAUUUAAGUCGCGGAAAUUCGGUGUAUGGGUAGCUUAGGAUCAAGGCAGAACAAUGUCGUUAGCGGCCACGCCUCGGAAAUUUCCAAUCUUUGUGUUUCCGCAAAGCAUCACUUUCUACCUGGACGACCAGUCCACCCACAAGCAAGUGUUAACUUUGUAUAACCCAUAUGAAUUCCCUGUAAAAUUCAGAGUCUUGUGUACCGCGCCAUACAAAUAUCAGGUGGUUGAUCCAGAGGGUGUGAUAAAACCUAGCUCGUGUGUCGACAUUGUUGUCAGACAUACGGCGAUUUUGGCAAGUAACUGCAAUGUGGUCGACAAAUUCAGGAUACUCAUGCACGAAUAUCCUAAUAAGCAGGUAAUUGGGAAAAGAGAUGUAGAAGCUAGACUACUUCCUGGAGUGAUGGAUACAGCUGGGAGAGCGACACCAGAUCCAGAUAUGUUUCAACAACUUCCACUAAACGAAACUAGGCAACAAGAAUCCUAUGCGCUUAUAAGCCGAAAUAAAACGAUGGAUAGAGGUACAAAUUAUGUAGCGCUUAUCACAGGAAUUAUAUGCAUAAUUGGACUACUCCUACCUACUGAAGGAGAACAAAAUCAUAGGAUGCCUGCUUACCUCCAUCUCUCUGUAAAUUUUAAAUUAAUAUUUUCAUUUGUAUUAGGUAUGGUUGCAAAUAUCGUUUUAGGACUAUAAUUCUUAGAUUUUUAUACAAACAAACCUUUGUACACAGGAUAGAGAAUCGUAGGAUAAAAGCACAAUUAAUACAAGACUUCGUUAAAUUGGGCCUCCUUAUGAAAUGUACUCGAUUCUAGUCUACAAAUGACAAAUUUCAACAUUGUUGACUAAGAUACUGAUAUUUGUUUUUGAUAAUAAUUAUAUUAUAAUUUUAUACGUGUGUAUAUAUAUACAUAUA